AUGAUCAUCAAAUCCAGAGCCAAACGAGAGAACUUUCGUCGAGAAUUUGGUUUCGAUGAUGGAGGUGUCGUGAUUGAAAUAUCAACAGGCCUCAAUUGUGGGGAAUCAUUUGAUAAUCCCGUUGGUUCGAGGCCUCACUACGGCCAACCCUCCGACGACGGCGUGGACGUGAAGGUGAGCUCCAAGUUCCUCAUGCGCAACGACUACUGUCAGACUUUCAUUGACACUGGGCUGCGCCCGCAGAACUACAUCCGGGACCUGGAUUACCAGAACCGCUAUUCAGACUAUCCAAAGAUCGAGCGCUUGAUCAAACUCAAGGACGACAUCUUGGCCAAGAGGGCCACGCCGGGAAUGUCGCUCAAGUGCGACUUGAAGACCUUCGACUUGGUCAGUCUCGGAACCAAGUUUGAUGUGAUACUCAUGGACCCUCCUUGGGAAGAGUAUAAUGCAAGAGUGGCCGGCAUGUACGUGCCGGAUGAGGACUUGGUUACCUGGACUCUCGAGGAGCUGAGGAAUCUCAAGAUCGGGGAAAUCGCCGACUCCCAGUCCUUCCUGUUCCUUUGGUGUGGGGAGACGCAUCUGGAGCACGGCCGCGAGCUCUUGAAGAAGUGGGGCUUUCGACGCAUUGAGGACAUCUGCUGGGUGAAGACGAACCGCCAAGCCAAGCUGGAUGCCAGGGGUACUGUCAAGCAGCAGAGCGUCAUGUAUGGCGACACCUCCAUCAUCCAGAGAACGAAGGAGCAUUGCCUCGUUGGAGUGAAGGGGACCGUGAAGCGGUCCAUAGACACGCACUUCAUCCACGCCAACUGCGACGUGGACCUCAUCAUGGAGGAAGAGAAGGGCUUCGGCUCGACGCACAAGCCAACUGAGCUGUACGAGACCAUUGAGCACUUCUGCUUGGGCCGAAGGCGCCUCGAGCUCUUCGGCCGCGAUCGCAACCUCCGGGAUGGCUGGCUCACUCUGGGCAAUGGCCUCACCACUGACAACUGGGACAAAGAGACCUACCUCAAGUGGUUCGAGGGCGAGAAGCAGUGGCCAGAGGUGCAAGACUACAAGGGCGGGCGACUCCUCGGGAGCAUUGCCGAGAUUGACGUGCUCCGACCAAAGAGCCCCGUCCGACCAGGGCGCAAGAAGAGCCGCUCACCUUCGCCGCGCCGGCGAGUUGGUCCAAGUUCCGGAGCGGGCGGUUGGCGAGCCGCGCGCGCCUCGCGAGACUACGAUUACGAGGAGGAUGAGAAGCCGCUGCCCGAAGACCUCGGCGAGAUGGCGCCUCCGAUUCCGAAGGAGGACGACUAG